AAGACAGAGACAUGACGUCAUGACGUCGCCCUCAGUUUGUUUACUGUGUGAGCGUGGAGGGGCGCUAAUGUCACGGAUCCUUGACACUGUAAACACGCUCAAUGUCUUCAUCCUCCGCAUGAGAAACAGUUGCAACAUUCGCUGGUGAUCCGCGAAUAUAUAGGCCGUGACAACAGCUCAUGUUGAACGGACUCGAAAAAAUACUUAGUGCUGUUUUGUUUUCGUCGCUGGAGCCAAAACUCCGAUAUCAAAACAUGGAGCUGCUGUUCUAACCAACGGUGCUAAUGUUAGCACGGCUAGCUAACUGCUCACCAGGCUUUCGGAUGAAGAGCAAAUGAGUAUCGUUCUCAUUUUGUUGUCUUAAAACUGGUGUUGCAUAGCUGGCAGUUUCGUUUGGGAUGUGAGUAGGGCGUAGAGGGAAUAUUUAGCUAAGGUAAACACCCCGCUGUCUCUUUAGCUCAUCAACUAGCAGCUGUUCUUAUUGUUGCUGGAAGUGGCACAGUUAAGAUAGCCGUCUUACUGUUGCUGAAUGGGCUGGGGUUGUUAUUAGUAUUGCCGCACAGGCUAGAAUUAGGUAUCACUUCCACAUUAGGAAGACGUUGUCAGACAAAAUGGUGUUAAGAAGUUGCUGGAAGUCUCGACAUAAAAACAGCUCUGGAUCCGCUUCUUGCUGGAUACGACCACCAGCGGCGGCCCUGCUCUGGCUCUGUGUGACCCAGUUUGUUUGCGGCAGUGGGGCGGUGGGGGAGACCAAAAAUGUGGUCCAGAAAGACGCAGAGUUUGAUGUCACCUAUAAUGACACAGUUACAAGUGAAAACCAGACCAUCUAUGCUUUCAAUCACACUAUCUCCAGGAAUAAGACGGAGGGAGUGCGUGUGUCUGUGGAUGUGUUGUCACAAGGUUUGGAGAGUCCCAUCCUGUUUGUGAUACGACAGAAGCAAGCUGUGCUGUCUUUUCAAGUCCCUCUCAUUUUAAGAGGCCUCUACCAGAGGAAAUACCCUUACAGUCAUGUGGGCCGCACAUUGUGCCAGCCUCCAACCCGGGCCGCCUCUGAGACCCAGUUCUUUUUUGUGGACGUGUCUACGCUGUCCAGCCAGGGUACAAACUACCAGCUCAGGGUCAGCCGUGUUGAGAGCUUCACCCUGCAGACGGACAAGAAAUUCACCUUCACCGCGUCACCAUCCCAACCUCAGUACUUCAAGUACAUCUUCCCAGACGGGGUGGACACUGUGAUCGUCAAGGUCAACUCAGACAUGACCUUUCCCUGCUCCGUUAUGUCCAUCCAGGACAUCCAGUGCCCUGUCUAUGACCUCGACAACAAUGUGGCCUUCAUUGGGAUGUACCAGACUAUGACCAAAAAAGGCGCGAUUACUGUGCAGAGAAAAGAUUUUCCCAGCAACAGUUUCUAUGUGGUAGUCGUGGUGAAAACAGAGGAUGAGGCGUGCGGAGGGCCACUUCGCUUCUACCCUCUCCGUCCUGAUGAGCUGAUCGACGCCGGAAAUCGCAGCAAGGUCCUUGAUGUGGUAGUCAGCCCUGCCAUCAACUCGGAGGUGUAUGUGAUGGGUAUGCUGUUCUGUCUGGGUAUCUUCCUCUCCUUCUAUCUGCUCACCUUGCUCAUGGCCUGUCUGGAGAACAAGCGAAUGAAGAAGAGAGAGGUGUUUCAGAUUCCCGCUGACAUGUCGCCUGCUGAGACAGCCUCUCUGCUUGGGAAGAACGGAGAUGGCAAAACUCCAGCCUCACCGUAUGAAUAUGGUUCAUUUGCCGACAAUGGCAGCACACUCAGUUCAGAGGCCAUCACUGACAGCGCCACAUCAACUGACAACAACUAUGGAUACAUGGAGCGAUCGUUGGAAAGUGUUGGACGAAGCAGGCACGAGUCUCUGAGCUCCGUGGAGGAGGACGACUACGACACGUUGGACGACAUCGACUCAGACAAAAACAUCGUCCGCACCAAGAAAUACCUUUGUGUGUCUGACCUAUCCCGCAAAGACAAGAGGAUCCUCAGCAAGAAAUACCAAAUCUACUUCUGGAACAUUGCUACUAUCGCGGUGUUCUACGCGCUGCCAGUCGUCCAGCUGGUCAUCACCUAUCAGACGGUGGUUAAUGUCACAGGAAACCAGGACAUCUGCUUCUACAACUUCCUGUGUGCUCACCCUCUGGGAGCUCUGAGUGCGUUCAACAACAUCCUCAGUAACCUCGGUUACGUGCUGCUGGGACUCCUCUUCCUCCUCAUCGUCCUCAAAAGAGACAUCGUCCACAAUCGAGCCCUGGUCCGCAACGACCUCAACGCCCUGGAAUGUGGCAUACCAAAGCACUUUGGUCUGUAUUAUGCCAUGGGAACUGCUCUGAUGAUGGAGGGCUUGCUCAGUGCCUGCUACCACGUCUGUCCCAACUACACCAACUUCCAGUUUGACACUUCCUUCAUGUACAUGAUCGCCGGACUCUGUAUGUUGAAGUUAUAUCAGAAGAGACACCCAGACAUCAACGCAAGUGCUUACACUGCCUAUGCCUGCCUGGCUGGGGUCAUCUUCUUUUCUGUGCUUGGGGUGGUAUUUGGGAAAGGAAACACAGUGUUCUGGAUCGUUUUCUCUGUGAUCCACAUUCUGGCAACUUUGCUUCUCAGCAUACAGCUCUACUACAUGGGCCGGUGGAGGCUGGACUCCGGGAUCCUGCGCAGGAUGAUAUACAUCGUCUACACAGACAGCAUCAGACAGUGCAGUGGACCCAUGUACAUUGACCGUAUGGUUCUGCUCGUAAUGGGGAACAUAGUCAACUGGUCUCUAGCUGCUUACGGCCUCAUAGAGAAACCCAACGACUUCGCCUCCUACCUGCUGGCCAUCGCCAUCUGCAACCUGCUGCUCUACUUUGCCUUUUACAUCAUCAUGAAGCUGCGGAGCGGUGAGAGAAUCCAGUGUCUGGCUUUGGUCUGUGUUCUGUUCACAGCUGUGGUGUGGGGCUUCGCACUGUAUUUCUUCUUCCAGGGUCUCAGCACCUGGCAGAAAACUCCAGCUGAGUCUCGUGAACACAACAGGGACUGUAUCCUGCUUUCAUUCUUCGAUGACCACGACAUUUGGCACUUCCUCUCCUCCAUCGCCAUGUUUGGAUCUUUCCUGGUCCUGCUGACCAUGGACGAUGACCUCGACACCGUCCAGAGAGACAAGAUCUUCGCCUUUUAGACAUGUCGCAUCUUCUAUGAUGAGCUCAGCUCUUCCUCUCUGCCUUAUCGCCCUCGUCUCUCUAUCUGUUAGCAUCUCCUUUGUGUUUUUAACAAAAACACAGCCAGUAGCCUGUAUUUGUUCCCGGGCUGCACCGCGGGCACCUCUCUGCCAGCAGCAGCAGCCAGUCAGCCAGUCAGGGCGGGGCAGUGGCCCCUCCCUCCACCUGUAUGGACACAAAUGUGCCAAUGAAGAGCCUGGAUCGACGUUGAGUGAUGCUGAAGUGUUUUGUCCUCUUGCUGCCAUCAUCAAUAUAACUGUUGUAAUCGAUGUUUACUUCCUGCUGACGAUGAUGAUAACAAUGUACACACUCGCUAAAAGAAAUGAUCCAAAUUAACUUAUUUUAUACUGUCUGCAUUACAUUUGACUUACAAGUCGGCAAUGCAUUUUGAAAUGAGUCCUUAUGUUGUUUAUAUGCUGUGUGUGUGAGUGUGUGUUUGUACAGGGGUGUGUGUGUGUGAGUGUGUGUUUGUGUGUUUUCAUGAAUGUGAGAACUUGUCCAGUCUGUCAGUGGCCUUUAAUGUCCUAAUCAUGUUUGUCACAUACUGUGCUCUGAUUGGUCAGAUCCUCCAGCUAGCCGUCCUUCUCAUCAGAGAAUAUUAAUAUUAUAAUAAUAAUAAUGAUGAUGAUUGUAUUUACUUAUUGACUGCCCUCAAGUCUGAAUGCAAAGAUACUUUUUGCACUGUACUGUAUGGAAAAAAAGAUUUUAAUGUCACACAUUUCAAUGAGCGGUUACUGAAUAAAAGUCUCAUUUUCAGA